UUAAUUCCACUUCUCUUUCCAAGAGUUCUUGGCCAUGGUUCCUUAGCACUUACUUCUGCUUUUGUAUUUGAAGCAUUCAUCGCUCACCUUAUAAAUCUGUUCUCUGGAACAAGGGGACUCCCAAAGCAAAUAGUGGAAAAAUUAAGGGUAUGCCAAACCUACAAGGUGCAUGUUCCACAGAAAUGCAAAUCCACACCCAGUGCUACUAGGUUUGCAAACCAUCUGCUUGGUGAAAGGCCCAGUGUUCGGUAUACUGAAGGGAAAAUCCUGCUGCAUGAACUUGUGCACUUUGAGAUGCUGACACAGUUUCAAAAUGUCUUUUUUGCAGCAUUUGGAAGUGGUCCUGUCCCAGAAUACUUG